CCAAUUCACUUCUAGCUCUCCACUUGAAAAACUCCAAAUUUCAGAAAGAGAAAGUAACUGACAGACAGAGAUCAAAUUCUUAAGGUUUUGUUUAUAAAAUCUACAGUCGAUUUUGAAAAUGCAGAAGCUAGGGUUUCAAAGCAUUAAGAGCUUGGAUCAGCUGAAAUCUCUAUCUGGAACCGCUAGGACCUUCGCUAUCUCUUCGCGUCCUUCUUCAGAUUCAAUUACAUCAGGAAGUUUCUCGAAUUUGAAGCUCACUGCAGAAAAAUUGGUCAAAGAGCAAGCUUCGGUGAAAACUGAUCUGGAAAUGGCGAACUCUAAACUAAAGAAAUCACUGGAGCAUAUCCAUGAAUUGGAGGAAAAGUUGCAGAAUGCAUUCAAUGAGAAUGCUAAGCUUAAAGUAAAGCAGAAAGAAGAUGAGAAGCUCUGGAAAGGACUGGAGUCUAAAUUCUCUUCAACCCAAACUCUGUGUGAUCAACUCACUGAGACUUUACAACACUUAGCUGGUCAAGUUCAGAAUGCUGAAAAAGACAAGGAGUUUUUCGAAGAAAAAUUAUCUGCAAGCAUGAAAUCUAUUGACAUCUUGAAACAACAUAUUGAUGGGUUAUCUCUGAAAUUAGGAUCUGCAGAGGAACUAAUCAGAGAUCGCGAGAAGGAAAUAAGGGAGCUGAAAAUUGAGGGACAGGAAAAGGAUAAGCUUUACAGAGAUGAACAAUGCAGAACAGCGAACAUCAUAGAGGAGAAAGAUGCUGUGAUAAUGAAGUUUGAAGAGUUUGGAGCUGCCAAUAAACUGGAAAUAGAGAGUUUGAAUUCUAAAUUAGGAGAGUUGCAUCUUGAGUUAAGAUCAAAGGAAGAUAAAAUUGAACUUUUGAUAGUCACUCAAGAUAAGUUGGAAAAAGAGAAGGGUGAACUUCACAUGAGCAAGGAUGUCUUAGAGAAGAAGCUAGUUAUAUCACUGCAGGAAGUAAAAGAUCUUGAAGGUUUUCUUCAUGUAUCAGCUGGACAGUUGGUUGAAUUAGACAAACAAAGUUUGACUUUCAUAGAAAAAUUUUAUCAGCUGAACUCCCUUUAUGAUUCUUUUCAUAAGUUGAUCCAAGAGGAAAGAGACCUUGCUGGUAAGCAGGCUCAAAGGCAAUAUGACCAACUUCAUGAUGGGUUCUUGUGCAUAACAUCUGAAAAAGAUGCUUUACAGUUAGUGAACCAGGGGUUGGAGAAUAAGAUAAUUGAACUUCAGAAAUCCCACGAAUCUGUUAUGGUGCAGCUUUCAGUGGAAUGCCAGGUAGCUAAAGAGAAAAUUCAGAGGUUGGAGACUGAAGCAGAAGCUCUGAUAUCAAAGAAGAUUGAAACAGAGUCGUUGGUCUCCAAAAUGGAAAAGGAAAUCAACACAUUGUCAGAAAGUUCUAGAUCAUCUGAGAAUAAAAUGCAAGAUUUAUUGAUGAAAAUUUCAUCAAUUGAAUCAGAGAACAACUGUUAUACAGAUGAAUUACAGGCAGAAAUACAGAAAAAAGAAGUGGAAAUAGUUAAUUUGCAACAGGAGAGUAAAAAAAGGGAUCUGCAUGUAGAUUCUUUGGAGAAACAAGUUGGCCAACUUCAGAAUAUGCUGGAGGAGAAGGAACAGCUUUUAUUGCAAUACAGGGAUGGAGAAAAGAAGCUAAAAGAUCAAAUUACAGAGAAUCUAGAUUUGCUCACUGCCGCUGACAGUAAACUAGCAGAAGCUAAGAAGCAAUAUGAUCUUAUGCUAGAGAGCAAACAGUUGGAGCUAUCAAGGCACUUGAAAGAAAUAUCUCAAAGGAAUGAUCAGGCAAUUAAUGACAUCCGGAGGAAGUACGAGGUGGAGAAACAGGAUAUUGUUAAUAUGGAAAAAGAAAAGGCAGAUAGAGCUGUUGAAGAAAUGGAAACAAAAUUUGACCAAAAACUUGCUGAAUGCAAAGAGGAGGCAAAGCUGCAGUUGGUGCAUAUUCAUGAGGAACAUGCAGCUCUUGUCAUUAGAAUUCAGCAGGAGCAUGAUAGGAAGGAUAUGAAUCUCAAAGCUGAACACAAUGAAGAUUUAAAGCGCAUCCAACUUCAAGCUGAAAUAGAAUUGAGAGAGAAAACCACGUCACUCAGGAAUGAACAUGAGGUUCAGAUGAAAGCUUUAAGGUGUCAGCAUGAAGAUGAAUGCAGAAAGCUUCUAGAAGAGCUGGAUCUUCAAAAGUCCAAAGAAGACAGGCAGAGAGCUCUAUUGCAACUGCAGUGGAGAGUGAUGAGUGAUAAACCACAAGACGACCAAGAAGUGAAUUCAAAGAAGCAGGAUUACUCCAUUUCAUCAAUCAAGAUGAGAGAUACUGGUGUUGGUCAAAGAAUAAGUAGGCGUAGUGUCGUACGAGGAGCCAAUGAAGAGAAGGGUACACCUUUCUUGGAUGGGACACAAACACCAGUGUCAAAAUUGUUGGAAGAUGUAAACACAGGAACCAUCAUGAGCAUGCCGAAGCAUCAUAAGAAGGUUACUCGUCAUGAAUAUGAAGUUGAAACUUCUAAUGGAAGAACAAUCACAAAACGAAGAAAAAGUACCGUCAUGUUUGAGGAUCCAAGGAAACAUAAGAAGAGGAACACACCAAAAGCCCGCACCCCAAGAAGUAUUGUCACGGGAUUCAAGGGAGGGGCUAAUCCACAUCCUUCCAACAUAGGCGAUUUGUUUUCAGAAGGGUCUCUGAAUCCAUAUGCAGAUGACCCCUAUGCAUUUGAUUAGAGGCUUUUCAAACCUUUUAUGAGUUUUAUUGAGUGAGCACAUGAGCCGAGGGUAGUCAGUGUACAAGGACCUUGUCUUGAGAGGGCCUACAAAGGAGGAAAUAAAAUACGUCCAACCAAAAAAAAUUCAAACCUUUAGGAGCUUUAUUAAGUGAGCACAUGCUGGAUUGUUCCUUGAAAUAUUUUUCUGUAUAUUCUUGGGUAGGCCGUGAAGAAACAAAUGGAAGAACCUGCGAAUAAAUUUCAGAUUUAGAUAAUAAAGCAUAAAUAGCUUUCUUAUUUUCUUUCUGGUCUUUUGCACGUCUUGCUAAUAGCAGGUAAGCAGCUUUUCAAGAAUAUCAUCUGCAAUUGUUCCAAGCUUGCGAAAGACUUUAUAGUAUCCUGAUUUGCAGCCCAUCCUUUGGUCAAUUUUGAACUUGGGCCUUAACCUCUAUUGGAAAUAAAGGCUCAUGGAUUAUUAGUAUAGAGCUUAAGCAUCCGUGAAGAAAGUGGAAAAUAUCGUGACUGUAAAAGUGUUACUCCAUUGUAUCUUUAUUUGAUUUCACAAUCUAUGGCAAAUGCCCGUUAUAGUCGUAGGGUUGAGUUUAUCUCAUUUCUGAGACUUAUUCAGCUUAAUCAAAACAAUGACAGUUCUCU